CUAACCUCGCUGUUAGCUCUCAUUUCCCGGCAUCGCACUCGUUCUCAAUCUCCUCUUUUAAUCAUCAAGUCCUCUUUCUCGCUCUAACUAGACUUCUCGUUUACAUUAAAAAUGGCUGCUGCUGCUGUUGCAUCUACCACUGGCCUUAUGGGCAUGUGGAAUGGCACUAAAGAUGGCAAGCAAGAAGGAUACAUUGACUGGGCCAGCGGCUCAACUAAUGUGCACGACCCUCUGGAGGUCAAGAUCGAGGUUGAGGACAUCCGAACGCUGAACCCCCAGCCAAACUACGAGAACAACGGAUACGGGAUUGUGAAGCACAAGUCUUCCUUGACUCCCGAGCAGUUCUUAGCCGGCAACGACCCUGAAGGCAAGAAAUACAUCCAGGAUGUCUACUUCAAGGAGGUCGCGGAGCUGGUCAAGCAGAUUACUGGCUCCGACACUGUGGUCCCCUACGUAUUCCGCAUACGCCAAAACAGCAUGAAGGCAGGCGAGUUUGCCGCCAACAAGCUUUCGCAUGCUGCUCUUCCCGUCGCCCACGUCGAUCGAGACGCGGUGACAGGAGAAGAUGGUGUACGAGAGAUCCUUGGCGAGCAGGCGGACGAGCUGCUCAAGCAGGGCAAGCGAUACGCCCAAGUCAACGUCUGGCGCACAAUCGACCACCCCAUCCAGAAGUGGCCCCUCUGCUUCAUAAACCACAGUGGCGUCAACGGCUGGAGCUACGACACGCACCUGGCGCGCGUGUACCCCACCAACGACCCCAGGAUAGCCAUCCGUGGCGACAAGAAGCACGACAGCGUCGUGAAAUACGACCCGGGUUACAAGUACCACUACGUAAGCAAGCUCGACCUAGACGAAGCUCUCGUCUUCUCCUCCUUCGACUCGGACGUGACUAAGGUCUGCCCGCACGGCGCCUUCUGGGACGAUGCUAGCCCGGCGGAUGCGCCGACGCGCCGAUCCAUCGAGGUUCGCUGCUGGGUCGUCUUCGACUAAACUCGACAAAGUUAAGUUAAUUGUUCGCUCGAUCGGCAAAAGGGGAGAGAGAGACUCGGGAUGACGGGAUGGUUUCUUGAUUCUUUGCAGGAGAAGGGCCGUCCAUCAUUUCUACAUCAGGCGCGCUUGUGUCUCUCGGCCAUUUCAAAAAAAAAAUAAAGGCAAUUAGUAGUAAAAUAGUUAAUACAAAUUCCAAUACUCUGUUAAUAUACUAGAUAUAAAUAUAAAUAAGGUGCUAGCUAGACUAGGAGUAGCCGCGAGGAAGAAGAAGAAUUGCUUAGGGAGGGAUGUUGGCGCUUCUUUAGGCAGAAGUCUUAAUGGGGGGGCUCAGGGAUAAAAUUAGCGAGCGAGUUGAAGAAAUCUUGGGGAUCUAAAAAAACCUGAUUUCUGAUGGAGUUGGUGGCGAUCGCAUGGGGGGAGUUACUAGCGGAAGCGU